CAUCGAUUUAUGUUCCAGCUCUAGCGCGACGGCUUCUAGAACAAAAAAAAAGUUGAGUUCGCGAAUUGCUGAAAACGCCGCUGCGGAAAUUCUGCCACCCGAAUGAAAAGCCCCACGGCGGAGAGUGCGGGUGAAUUGCGAACGGAGCGUAAGAUAAAAGGCGCAGGGCAGCACACACACGCGCGUGUGUGUGCCACUACACACCCACACACACACAUGGAGAACACUCGAGGUGGCGAAAAUAACGUAGAAUUGGCCAACGGCGGUAAGGAUUUGGCCAAGGAGUCCCCGGAACAGGUGGAAAAUGCAGUAAAACUGGAGGGUAAUACACAGAAAGAAUCGGGCGAAGAGCUCAAGCAGCAGAAAACCCUAGGAAACUGGAUAAACAGCGAGGCGGUAGUGGAAAACAACAACGCAAAUGCCCGCGGAAAUGUCAGUCCAACAACUACAAGCGCAGAAGAAGCAGCAGCAGCAGCAACAACAAAUACACAAGUUACAACAAACAGCAACACAAUACCCAUACAACAGCAACAAAUGCAGUCAGGCGAUGGGAAUGCAAAUAACACAACAACAACAGCAAUAACAAAGUCAACAGCAGAAGAAGAAGCACCAGUAGUAGAAGUAGUAACAUAUACAACUGCAGAGGCAGUUGCAAAAACAACAAAAACUGCCUUGGCAGAGACAACAAUAACAACCACAACUACAGACGAGAAGACAGAAGAGCGCAAUCACAAGAAGCAGAAGAAAAGAGAUAAGGAGCGGGAUGACGAUAAGAAUCGACGCAGCAGCAGCAACAACAACAGUAGCAGCAAGGAUCGGGACAAGGAAAGAGAGCGGGAGCGGGAACGAGAGCGCGACAGGAACCGGGAGAGCAACUCCAAAACUUCCAAGGAGAGCGACUACAAGUCCAGCUCAUCGCGCAGCAAGGAGAAGAAGUAUCACCGCAGCGAUAGGGACAGAGAAAGGGAGAGAGAGCGCGAUCGGGACAAGAUAACCUCCUCGUCAUCGAGUUCCUCUUCCCACUCGCAUCGUCGCCGGAGUUCCGAUAGCAGCCGGAGCAGUCAAAACAGCUCCUCCAAGUCGAAGGAUCCUGUGGCGGAUCAGGUUCUGCCACAGGCCGUGGCUGCUGCGCUAGAGCAGCAAAUUAAAGUAGAGGAGGGCAUUAAAAAGGAACCUAUGGAAAUUAAAAAAGGAGCGGAGUCAGAACCAUCACCAGUACUUACUAUUCUUAUCAAAACUGAAGCGGAAAUCAAAAAGGAAUCGACAGUGGAGCCAUCUAAACCAUUAGUAAAUGGCGAGGCGGCAAACAAAACCCGAGAGGAGGUCACCAGACAACUAAACUUCGGGGACAAGAGCUCCAAUUCUAAGCUUAUGCCUUCGCCGGCACCGAAAACAAAUUCCGGGUCAAACUCCUCCGCCAACAAUCAUUCCUCCAGUCAGAGCAGCAGCAAUCGAAAGCCCUACACGUCGUCAUCGUCCUCUUCAUCCUCCAGCAACCAUCACAAGAGUUCUUCGUCGUCAUCCUCCCGCCACUCCUCCUCUUCGUCCUCAUCCCGGGUCUGUUCCACGUGCUAUAAGCGCUCCAAGAUCCGGCGGACCAGCGUAGGCGUUCAGUGCCUGCAACAUGCACCUGCAGCUGGACCGUGGCAAACUGUUCAGAGCCUGCCGCCAAAGCCAAACCGGAAACCACCAGCUGGCUUGGAGAACCUUAAGUACGGCUGCUACUUCCAGGUGGAGCAGUACCCAAAUGGAGGAGCCUCCAUCGUUCACCUGUAUCAGCAUGAAAUCGAUGCUUUGUCACCGGAUGAAAUGGAAGAGCUGGUGGACGAGUUCUUUGAGGUCUGCUUCGCCGAGGAUGAACAGGGUUAUGCCCACCAUGUGAUGGGCAUUGUCCACGAUGCAGCGCGGUAUCUGCCCGAUCUGCUCGAACACAUGGCCGAGAACUACUCAACGCUGACGGUGAAGGCGGGUGUUCUCGGUCGCAAUUCGGACAUCGAGACCUGCACGAUGUCGCAAUACAAUGAGCAGGUGGUACGCAACUAUUGUCAGGGAACAUUUCGAUAUGGACCCCUGCAUCAAAUCAGUUUGGUUGGCAAAGUCCAUGAAGAGGUGGGCGGAUAUUUUCCUGAUCUUUUGGGACGUAUUGAAAUGAACCCAUUUCUGCGAAAGACCAUGCCUUGGGCUUGUAAUUCCAUACUUCAAACGGAUCCUCGUCAAUCGAACGAUGGUCCCAUCCUCUGGAUACGUGCUGGAGAACAGUUGGUACCGACAGCAGAGCUUAAUAGCAAGACCCCGCUCAAAAGGCAAAGAACUCGUAUCAAUGAACUGAGAAAUCUACAAUAUCUUCCCCGACUGUCGGAGGCCCGCGAAACGAUGAUCGAAGAUCGGACCAAGGCGCAUGCUGAUCAUGUAGGGCACGGCCACGAGCGCAUCACCACUGCUGCAGUUGGCAUUCUUAAGGCCGUGCACUGCGGCCAAACUUAUACGCAGAACCGCAUCACGAAAGACGUGGUUGCUUUUGCCGCUCAGGACUUCAACACAAUGGUGGAAAUGCUGCAGCUGGACCUGCACGAGCCCCCGAUCUCGCAAUGUGUGCAGUGGAUCGAGGACGCCAAGCUGAAUCAGCUACGCCGCGAGGGCGUCCGCUAUGCCCGUAUCCAGCUGUGCGAUAAUGACAUAUACUUCCUACCCCGCAACAUAAUCCACCAGUUUCGCACUGUCACGGCGGUGACGAGUGUAGCUUGGCACCUGCGCCUGCGACAGUAUUAUCCCGGACAGGAGGUGAUCAACGAGAAGAAUAACCCUGUGCUGGCCGAAACACCACACUACAAGGAGAAGCAAACGAUCCUGCCCAACCCGAUUAGCCACGACGAAUGUGGCAAAAAGACGCCCUCCAAGCGUGUGCACGAUGGCAGAGCAAAGAAAAAAAUUAUUGACCUCGAUGGCAAAGAGCGGCGUUCCAGCGAGAGCAGCAUGGACGAACAGCCAUCUGCAGGGAGUUCCUCGCCAAGUCAGAACCAGGAAAGCAACAGCAACAGUAACAGUAGUAGUCAUAGCAGCGCCAGUGGUGCUAGCACGCCCAAAAAGAAGGCAAGCAAGGAUGACACCAAAAUAGAUAUGAGGAAAAUGGUUCUGGAGCACAAAUUUAAGCUGACCAAAGCGGCGGUUGUCGGGACUCAAGAGAAGGAGAAGCCCAAGAAGGAUAAGGAGAAGGAAAAGUCUAGGGAAAAAGAAAGAGAAAAAGACAAGGAAAAGGAGAAGGAGAAGGACAAGGAACGGAGGAGCGAAUCAACGCCCAAAAAGCAUCCUACGCCAGCCAAAACCUGCUCCAUAAGUGAGCCUUCACCUGCCAAAAUUCCCCGUUUAGGCAAUGACACGGUUACCAAUCCUCCCGCUCCUGCAGUUGUUUCUACAGCUACUCCUACAGCUGCUGUACUCAAACCUGCACCCACACCCAUAUCCGCUCCGGUACCACAUGUUCCAGCUCUGCCUGUAGCUGCUGCCCCAUCCUUCCUGUCAGGACUGCCACCGCCACUAGUGCCUCAGACGCCCUUCAUCCAUCGCCUAAACCAAAAGGAGCCCGAAAUCAAGAUCCAAGUGAAGAUCGUGUCCGAUAGCAAAAGUGAUAUCAGUACCUCCAGUCUAGCACAAUCAACAGCAGCAGUAGCACCACCUCCACCGCCACCACCAGAUCCUGUUGAGGAAGUGGAUGUGGGCAACGAGCUCAUUGUGGAGAGCACUCCUCAAUUGGUCGUUGAUCACGAGGAAGAGGUAACUGAAGUGUGUGCGGAGGAGAUUGUGGAAAUGGAUAUACCGAUUCCCAAAGAAACAUCCCCAGUUGUUGCGUCUGCACCACUAACUGCUAUUCCCCCACAACUAACUACUACUCCUUUACCACCCAGUCCGGCUCCCGCUCCCAUACCGCUGUCUGUACUCCAUCAACUACCGAUGCCAAUUGUAGCUGCUCCACCUCCUCCGCCACCAGCUCAAAUUGUAAAGGUGGUUCUCCCAGCCUCUUUGACUCCCAUCACCAGGAUGUCAGUGGUUUUACCACCCUUGCCGCCAUUACCGCCUUCGCGGGCAACUGCACCACCGCCACCACCGCCGCCACCGAGCACCAACAGCAGCGGCACCACAAUGCCCAUAGCUGCCACAGCAUCCCCGCUAAAACCCACCUACAAAACCAUUAGUUUGCCCUCCCACAAGAUCAUCAUCGCAGGCGCCACCGGAGGAAACAGAGUCUCCGUGGCAAAAGGGGCAAACAAGAGACCUGUGGACCUCUUGGGAUCCAUCAUGGCCAGCAUGGACAAGCCAGCGGGGAGUGGCUCCAAUAGUAACUCCUCAUCAUCGACAUCCUCGGCAACAACGAAUAGUUCGCUCUCCUCUUACGCCAACUCCAACAAUAGCUUCUGAAAUUGGAAGGGGGAGUGGAAGGAGAGCGAAAGAAGAGGCUCCUUUUUGGACUUUAUGUGAAACUAUAUAUUUUGUAAGUUUAGAAGCCACUCAAGAUUCCGUUUAACGGAUUUCGAGGAGCUAAAUCGUUUUCAGAUCUCUAAGCGCUUAACGAGAUUUUCAUACGUAAAUGUAUCGCUCACUUACUGCAAAACUGUCGUGGCUAAAAAAUUUCAGAUUUUUUUUUUUUACAGAUGCGGAAAUAUUUGCUAUUUCAGUCUUAAUAUAUUGUAUAAGAGUUAAUAUACAAGAUUUAUGAAAGUAGUAAGUUAUUGUUAUCUAUUAUAGCUUUUUUAAGCCACAGUAGGUUUGAAGUAGUGAGCGCAAUCUCCUUCAGUGACGAGAGAUCUUCCUUUGUAUAUAGCCAAAAGCUUAUAUGUAGUCCUACACCUCACAUACAAACACCCCUAUAUUUGAUAACGAAACGUAGAUUUGUAAGCUCAAACUGCGAGACACUUGAUAGAGAUGUAGUUUUUUAAUUUAUUUACACCACCAACCACACAGCAGGCACUUUUUAGAUACAACAAUUGAACGUUUUUUAAAUGCAGGCAGGUACAUUUAACUGUUAUAGUGUGUAUUUUUAAUGGCACGCACCUUAUUGGCCAGAGACACUCGUACUCGUUAAAAGUAUAAAUUAAAAGCCAUAAGGCUUGGCAAAGGUCCCAGUUUGAUUUCCUUCUCAACAACUUUUUUGAAAAGUGUUUUGAAAGUGCGUAGAACAAUACACACAUUGAUAAUUACAAUAUAUAUAUACACCAUAUAUAACUGUAGAUUUAAGCCAGCUUACACGUUGAAGAAACAAUAAAGAUUCGGAUCGUACAAAAAUAAA